AUGCUCUCUCUCAAGAAAUCCUCACUUCUCGCUAUCGCGGCUUCAGCCGCACAAGUUGCUGCUCACGGCCAUGUAGACUGGCUUGUCACAAACGGCAUUGCAUUUCGAGGUUAUUCUGCUCCUGAAAUGAGCUGGAAUCCUAAUCAUCCUCCUGUUGUCGGCUGGACCAACGGCGCCACUGACAAUGGCUAUGUUGAGCCCAACUCCUUCGCAGACCCCGAUAUCAUCUGCCACAGAGCUGCGAGACCUGGAAAGGGCCAUGUGACCGUCUCAGCAGGUGACAAGAUUACCCUUCAAUGGAAUACCUGGCCAGAGAGUCACCACGGGCCAGUGAUUGAUUAUCUUGCGAGAUGUUCUGGGGACUGCGAGACCGUUGACAAGAAUGAUCUUGAGUUUUUCAAGAUUGGCCAAGAAGGACUCAUUGACAUGUCGAUGCAGAAUGGCAAGUGGGCAUCUGACGUCCUUGUCGCUACUGGCUUCUCUUGGACUCUUCAAAUCCCCGAAAAGUUGGCCCCGGGGAACUAUGUCCUUCGCCAUGAGAUUAUUGCUUUACACGGCUCAGGUCAGCCAAAUGGAGCACAGAACUACCCCCAAUGCUUCAACCUCAAAGUCACUGGUAACGGAGAUUUGGUUCCAAAGGGCGUCAAAGGUACGCAGCUUUACAAGGCCAACGACCCUGGCAUUCUCUUCAACCUAUAUACAACACCCUUGUCCUACAAGAUCCCCGGUCCUACACUGGUUCCUGGCCUCCCGUCUACAGUCUCUCAGAAGGUUGUUGCCGCAACUGCAACAUCGAGUGCAACUGUGCCAGGACAAACACAAGCUAGCACUAGCAGCAAAUCUUCUUCCUCUACAUCAAAGGGAGACUCUUCGCGAACCAGUACCCCUGUUGCAGGAGGUACAACACUCAAGACUUCAACAACAAGCAAGUCUUCUUCGUCCAGCACAACGAAGGACACACCACAGCCGACCGAGGACGACGACAUUAUCUGUGGUCCUGCAACAGGAGGCCUUCCAAAGUACAGUCAAUGCGGAGGUAAAAGCUACACCGGCCCGACAGUCUGCCAAUGGGGUUCAAGUUGCAAGGUUCUCAAUCCUUAUUACUCGCAAUGUCUUUGA